AAGUCUGCUGCCUCCCUGGGGCCAGGGUCAGGGAUGUUGCCAGAAACCUUCCCAACCUGGUUCGCCUGUCUGAUUACUAUCCUCUAUUGAUAGUCCAGGCUGGCAGUGAUGAUAUUGAAGAGAGAAGCCUGAAGGCUAUCAAACGGGGCUUUAGAGGACUGGGACGAUUAGUAGAUGGAUGGGGGAGUACAGGUCGUGCUUUCCUCCAUCCCUACAGUGGCAGGGAGGGGUACAGAGAGGACACGGAAAGCCCACCUGAUAAACACAUGGCUCAGAGACUGGUGCCAACACAGAUAUUUUGUUUUUUAUUUGACCAUGGGGCGCUUUACAGAAUAACAAAAUUAUCUAGGUUCUUCCCUCUGAAGCUCGCUUUCGUUACUGCAACGUUCUUUCUGGGUAUUUCUGUGGCCCAGGCUCCUAUAAAACAAACAUGCAGCAUUUUCUCUUCCUGCCCUUCCCCAGUCACUGCGGAACUGGCAAAGUCGGCAGUGAUGAGAUGAUGCUGGAGCCAAGGAAGAGCCAAUUCCAGAAAGCAAAGAGCAGAUCUGAAGAGAGGAGGGAAGCCUGGAAAACUCUGGCUUCCACCCCGUGCAGCUCCUCCCCUGCAUUUCGUUCCACAUGUGCUGCUCCACCUUGCUAUUCAAUAAACUUCGCCAUCUAGUCCAUCAUAGAAGGAGAGAAUUAUUGAGCAUGAAAAAGACCGCGAGACCAUCAAGUGCACUGGUCAACCUGACCUCCGAAACCCCAUUGCCAGGGAAGUGGCUGCAAUGUCUGCACAAUGCACAGACCGUCACAGUUUUUAAGGACUGAAAAGCAACACGAGUUCCUAAUGGCCAACCCAAACCUCCCCUGGCGCAACACCUCCUCACGUGCUAUCCCUUCUCACCUGAGAGCACAGGCCGGCACCCACUUCCACGCGAAGACCCGGGCUGCCCUGCGCUCACCCUGUGCCUGACGCCCGCGAGGCCACCCUGCAGUGGAGGCACUGGGCAGGCACCCCCCGCCCCUGCAGGGCGGUGCCCCCCAGGCUGGACGCCCCUUGUGAUGCCCUUUGUGACACCCUUUGUGACACCCUGCCCGUGGCCUGGCAGCAAAGCCUUGUGCUGCCUGCAGCCGGCGGCGCUCAGUGCUGUCGCCGCCACUGGGGAAGCGACAGCGCGUGCGUGGCCGGGAGCGUGGCUGCGGCCCUGCCCUCGCGUGGUGCCUCUGCCUCGCCGCGGGGCUCCCAGCCGUCUCAGCUCCCGUCUCCCUGCCCGGAGCCCGGCAGAGCCCGCCGGGCGCCUCUGGUGCCGUUGCCCUGAGGCGGGCCAUGGCCUCAUUCCCGCCGCAGCAUGCAGAGGGUCUUGGGGCUCCUCAGGGGCCGUCGGGAGGCACCGUCGGUGCCUGUCGGCUCCAGGAGAGGCAGCCUGGUGGGCUGCACGGCGCGGCCGCCCGUGGCGACCUGGCCCUGCUGCAGCGGCGCCGGUGGCUGAGGAAGCUGUGCAUCAACUGGCGGGAUGCGGAGGGGCGGACACCUCUGCAUCUUGCGUGCGCCAACGGCCACGUGGAUGUCGUUCAGUUUCUGGUUAGGAAGAAGUGCAAGCUGAACCCACGUGACAAUUUGAAGAACACGCCCCUGAUGAAGGCGGUAGCAUGCAAGCAAGAAGGCUGCGUGGCUGUUCUGCUAGAGCACGGCGCUGACCCAAACGUCACAGAUCGUGGCGGCAACACUGCCCUUCACCUCGCUGUCCACACUGAUAACGUGUUUGUAGCGGGGGUCUUACUGCAGCACAAUGCCCAGGUUGAUGCU